AUGGAAAUACAUAACAGAAAUGUAAAAAGGAUGACUGCAAGAAAAGAUCAUUUAGAAGAGAGUACAAUUAAAAUCAAUUAAUCACAUUUGUUUAGCUUAUGCAAACGGCAUUUCUAAUCAGCAAUCAUGACUAUUCUUAGGAAAGAACUAAGAAAUGUAUAUCGAGGACCAGACAAAGCCUAUGCAUCCAUUGACUUUACAGGUAUAGGCUCUUUCAAUGAGAUUGAUUUUAUGAACUCAAUGAUUGUCAAGAAAAUUAAUGUAACUCCAGAGGAAUUAAAAGAUUUCUUCUUCCUUACUAAUAUGUUCAAGAGCCCCAUGAACUUUGAUUCAUUUAAAAAGAUAUUUUUCCCACACCUCUCUAUGAUACAAGAUGAUGGAGGGUCAGAUUAAGAAAAAAGAGAGAAGUAGGAUAAAUCGAUGAUGAAGACUAACAAGGGGAAACAGCCUGAAAUCAUUUAGGAAAGGCUGAAGAAAUUGGAGAAACUGCUUAAGGAUAGAUUGUCUAAUAACUGGGACUCAGUUAGGAAAGCAUUCCUUGGCCUUGACACAGACUAUGAUGGCUAUAUCACAGUAGAAGAUAUCUUACGUUACUUCGGUUAAGACAAUAAGGAAUUCAUCUUUAAUGAUCUCAAAAAGCUAAUCAUGGAAAAAGAUUCAUCUAAGCAAGGCAAGCUUGGCUACUCAGAUUUCUCUAAAUGGGUUGGAAACUCUAUACAUUAAAGUGAAGGAUUUUACUUUAGACACGACUCGGUUAAAAACCCUUAAUUUGAAAGGAAUCUUGAGAAUCAAGGUCAUAUUAAUGAGAUGAAGAAAGAAAUAAGCACUUAACUUAUGAAUGAAGGAUUAGAAAAGACAAUUAUUGAAAAAAUCAAGAGCUAGUGGAAGACAAUAAGAAAGGCCUUCAUUGAUCUCAACAAGGAGAAAACUGGAUUUAUUGAGGCAGAAGAGUUAAGAUUCUAUUUUUUGCAUUGGGGAUUGACACUUACUGAUGCAUAAUUCCAGUUUAUUUUCAACAAAUUUGACUUUGACAAGGAUGGCAAGAUUUCCUAUAAGGAUUUCCACAAAAGUGUUGGGUCUGAAAUUCAUCCAGGCGAAACCUUGUAUUUCAGAUAAGACAAGCCUCAUAUGAUGAGGAUGAAUAAGUGCCAGCAUAACAAAUGCUGGCAGCCUACAUAAGGCUAUGGAAAUUUCUGCCAACUCCAUAAUAAGAUGUAUAUUGACCAAGGUACUGAAUACUUCCAGCAAAUAUUCAAUAAAAUUGGGAGUGAAAAGUGGCCUUAAUUCAUAUAGAAAAUUAAGGACGCUUCAGAGGUUGAUGACCAUAGGCAGAUAUUCUUUGACAAGUUUUGUUCUAUCUUAAAUUAAUAUGGUGUAACACUAUCAGAACAUAAAAAAUAACUAUUGCUGGAUACUUUCCCAGGGAGAAAUGAGGGAGAAAGAAUGAGAGUGAAUAUUGGGAAACUGUAUGAAGUAAGAUACAAUGACAAACUCAAGAAAAUAUAUUUCAAGAUUAAGAUGCAGGAGACUGAUGAUGACGAUGUAGCAGUGGACACAAGUGGGUACACAGGUAAUUUUCAUAGAAAUGUUGAUGAAAGACUACUUCUGCCUUUUGAUAUUGAGUAGCUAUGCUAGGUUAUCUAUAGAAACAAUAAACUUGUUGAUAUAAUGAGAGCAAUAAAGGAUAUAGAUAAAGAGCACAAUGGGUAUGUCACAAGUACAGAAUUAGAUGAUAUACUCAAGAUCUCAUACAAAAAAGAACUUGGAGAUAAGAAUCUUAAGAGCAUGUUUAAGCCCUUUGCCUCUAUUCAAAAUAAGAUCUUGAUUGAUUAUAAAAGGUUUAGAGAUCAUAUCCUCAAUAGAUUUUCAAAGUAUAAGUAAGAAGAAACUGAUAAAGAAUUCAGCAAGAGAUUGAAGGCUCUUGAACAGUAAAAGCAAGAUAUCAAAUAGAAAAUUUUGAAGUAGGAUAGAGUAAUUUCAAGUAUUAGCAGAGAGAUCAAGCAUGAAUAUAUGGGUCACUUAAGCAAGCACAAUUAAUCAGUCUAGGAUGCUCCAGAAGCAGAAAAAAGAAUUGGUUCUCUUAAUGGAAGUUUAGUUAGGAAUAAUAAUACAUCAAUGAAUUCAAUAGAAAGAAAAGACCUCAAUAUUGAUAAUAAAUUCGAGAAACUAUAGACAAAUAGAUAUUAUAACACCCUUGAAACUUAGAAAUAUAUGAGUCAGAGAGAACUUACAAGAGGAGGAAUUACUGGCUGGGUUAAAGAUGAUUUCUAGACUUUCAAUGGCUGA